UGAGAUUCAGAUGGGCUCAGUAUAAUUAGAUUACAAGUAUAAAUUAGAUUAGGUGAAAAAGGAAUCCCUUCAGUUUUACUUUGAGCACCGUGACUAACACAACCAUGAUUGACGCUGAGCCAUGUGCAGCUAAAACUGGCGCAUACAAGUAUGAAGACGGCACGAAGUAUGUAGGGGAAUGGAACUCCAAGGGCCAAAAACAUGGUAUGGGACAUCUAGUCUUACCUGAUGGUACCAGAUAUGAUGGAUCAUUGAUGAGUGGACUAUGUUCAGGACUUGGCGUUAUGUCGUUUCCCGAUGGAGCCAAAUACGAAGGCGAAUUCAUGCAAGGCUGGUUCCACGGUCAUGGAGUAUUUUGGCGAGCUGAUGGUAUGAAAUUUGAAGGAGAGUUCAGAGGCGGACGAGUAUGGGGACUUGGGCUGGUAACAUUUUGUGAUGGCAGCAAUGGUUUCCCCAGAAAUGAGGGUUUCUUCCAAGAUUGCAAGAUGAUCCGCCGAAAGAGAUGUUCAGAAGUUGUACAGCGUGCGCAAAAAGUAGCCUAUAUGGCUCGUGCACAGUGCCAACAAAUGUAAUCAGAAUAAUGAUAGAUAUAUUAAUAAAAAAUUGAAUAAAGUUCAAAUUCUUUUGAAUCUGAAGUAGUUAAAAUCUUAAGAUAAUUAUAUGAUAAUUCUUGAGUAAGUUUUCAAGUGUCCAUAAACUUACUAUACAUUAAGUUUAAACAAUAUAUGUAUUUCAUUAGUUCUAAUUUCUACUAUUUUUUUUCGUAUAAGGGAAAUUUGAUUGGCUGCUUAAGCCUGCUUCAGUCUUUCCUCAGAAUCCGUUGAGAACUCUCAACAGGAUUAGAUGCCUAAUUUGCUGUUUUUCUGGUAAUAAUUUUCUGCUUAACAAAAAUUAAUAGUAUUUUUAUUUUAUUCCGUAUAAACAUUAUUAUUGUAUUUCUUUUUUUGUCUCUUUUUAUUUUCCCCAAAUUGUGAUAUAUUUAGAUAAUACUAUAGAUAUUAUGGACUAAACUUGAAUAAAUAAAUAAUUGUUAUUUAUUUAACAAAAUAUCCGAGACAUAAUAUAGAUAGUAUUGUAUGAAUUUAUUAAACAUUAUAGAUAUAGACCAAUCCAUUGGAAGCUAUAAGUCCGAUUGUUCGACGAAUACGUUGGCACGUACUUCAAUAAAUAUAGUAUCAUAAAAGUUUCUAUCAAGAAUUGCAGAUCAUAGGUACUUUACAAACCCAGGAAAUCAACUUAACUUUAUUACUUAAUAUAAAAUUGAAGUAAACCAAGUGAAAAUUAUUUCUUUUGUACAGAUUAUUCCUUCUAAUAAGAUAUAUUUGUCUUAUUUUGAUAUAACUAAACACAACAAAAUGUUGCCGCUUUAUUUGCUAUAUUAUGCUUAAGCCAAUUUUCUUACUCGUAAACGUCACUAAAGAUUUAAAACAUAAAUUAAAUAAAUUUUUUAUUUUCAUUCAUGUGGAAUUAAAAUAAAAAAAUUCGGAAGUUGUUGUAUUGUUUAAAAUAAAAUUACUUCGACUGUUGCUGGCGACGAUGGCGAUUCGAUGGCGUUAUUCAAUUUGUGAUGUAAUUAUUAUGUUUAUGUAACUAAUGAAAAUUGUCUUAAUACGAAAGUGUGAAUAUUGUUUCAAGUGUUUAUGGAAAAAAUAUUUUUAUCUGUACGUAGUUGAUACGCUGCCCGUAUAACGGCUUUUAUGCAAAAUUAAAAAAAACGAAAAGAAACCAAAAUUAUCAAAUUAUUUAUCCUAUAUUAAACAAAGUCACUUAUAAUCAUCUUAUAUCUAAGUAAAUAAAUUACGAUUUUAAAUA